UUCUCUUUCUUUAACUGAAUGACUACCACACAUUUUAGCUUACCUACAUAACAUUAUUUUAAUACUGACACAUUUGUUUUCUUUUAAAUAUGGCUUCUCAAUUCCAUUCAAAAAUUGCUUAAUUACCCAUUUUUCAAUCCCAAAAAACAAAAUUCAAUAUGGGUGAUUCUCUGAAACCCAGCUUGCCAAUGCUGUAUUAUGGUCUUGUAAUAGUUGGGAUUGCAGCUGUAGUCUUAGCCAUUUACAAUCUUAUCUUCCUCAAGUGCACGAAUCGUCGACGUCGGGAACAGUCAGCCCAGAGACCAACGUGCUUCAUAGCGGCAACAGCAGGUGGCGCCAGUCUAAAUUCGUCCACUUUCAAGUUCAGGAAGGAUGAUAAAGUGGGCGCCCAAGGCCACGGAAUCGACUACGAAUGUGCUGUUUGCUUGUCGGCUUUUGAAGAGGGAGAAGAGAUCAGGCAAUUGCUAGGAUGCAACCACUACUUUCAUGCUUCUUGUAUAGACAUGUGGCUGUUUUCUCACUCUGAUUGCCCACUUUGCCGUUCCCGGGUCGACGCUGCUUCCUCUUGCCGGCGACAUGUUGUGGCAGAUACGCCUGAGGACUCUCGAGAAAAUUUGCCCGGUGAAAACCUUCAUUUGAUGCCCCUAGUCUAGACUUUUGGCUGUAUUGCUAAUCGGGUUGUCCUCUCCAGCGCCGGAAAAUUCUUGGGAUUUUUUUUUUUAUAUCUUACUAUAAUAGUUAAUUUAAUUGGAAUUUGCGCCUGGCUUGUGUUCAAUUAAAGACACGAGCGCGAUGAUUACUAAGAUUGUUUGGUUUGGUGAACCAUUUUUCAACAGAUGCGUAUUAAGUUGAGGCUGUGCUAAUGAGUCGAUACGGACAGCCAAAGCAAUCCACUUUGUACAUAGAAUUUACUUGAGUCUUGGUGCAAAGUUGGUCGGUUGACUGUAAGCUGCAGCCUAAAUUGUUUAUUUUGUUUCGGAAACGCACUAAACUAUUAAGGAUUUAAAUAUUUUUAAUAAAAUAGUAUUUAAUUAAAUUAUAUUGUAUUUCCUUUCAUCAGAUUUUUAUCAUAUCAAGUGUUAAUGGCUUU